AUGCACUUUAUCAUAAAGAAAUACCAAAUAUCCCAAAUAAUUUCAACAGAUAUUCAUAAUUAUUUUAUUAUUUCAAUUUUUAAAAUCGAGAAAUAUGAGAUUGAAAAGCUCUCUCUUAUUAUAUCGUAAAGUAUUAUCAAAAACAAAAACAAAAAAAUAUUUAAACUAUCAUGCUGCUACGCUUCUCUUUCUUUUAGAUUUUAAUAAAACCUCCUCUAUAAAAAUUAAAAAUUAAAAAAUAUAUAAAUAAAUAAAUAAAAAAAUAAACAAAUAAACAAAUAACUAAAUAAAAAAUUAAUUAGCAAAUAUAAAAAUAAAUUAAUUAAAAAGUAAAAAAUAAUUAAAGAAAUUAAAUGA